GGCCGCGGCGGGGAAAAUGGCGGACGGAAAGGCGGGAGAGGAGAAACCUGAAAAGCCGCAGCGAGCUGGAGCCGCCGGAGGACCUGAAGAAGAAGCAGAAAAACCUGUGAAAACUAAGACUGUUUCUUCCAGUAAUGGAGGGGAAAAUUCCAGUCGCAGCGCUGAGAAGCGAUCAGCUGAAGAAGAAGCUGCAGACCUCCCAACAAAGCCUACAAAGAUCUCCAAGUUUGGAUUUGCCAUAGGUAGUCAGAUGACAAAGAAAGCCUCAGCCAUAUCCAUCAAACUUGGCUCAAGUAAACCUAAGGAAACCGUUCCAACUCUUGCUCCAAAAACCCUUUCAGUAGCAGCAGCUUUUAAUGAAGAUGAAGAUAGUGAACCAGAGGAAAUGCCUCCAGAAGCAAAGAUGAGGAUGAAAAAUAUUGGAAGGGAUACACCAACAUCAGCAGGACCAAAUUCCUUCAAUAAAGGAAAUGGGUUUUCUGAUAACCAGAAGCUAUGGGAGCGAAAUAUAAAAUCUCAUCUUGGAAAUGUCCAUGACCAAGACAAUUAAAUGAUGUGUUUUGAAAUUGGGGUAUGGGGUGGGUGUAAAGUUAAAAGGAACAGUUUCCUUUUUUAAAGAAUGGUAUAAGACUAUCUUUGGAGCCGCCUUUUUUUUUCUUUUUCUUUUUUUAAAGAUUGAGUGGUACACUAAUAAAUGAGAAUUUGAAAUUAAAGGUAAUUUAUGUUUUAUAUACAGAUUUCAAGACAUUUGCUAAUUUUGUAGUUUCAUGUGAUUAGUUUCCGAAGGUUAUAGAUGAUUAAAAAAAUCAGAAAUGGUACCUUUCUAAGAAUUGCAUAUUUUUUUAGACACAACUACUAGCACAUUAAGAGGGAAGCAAAAAGUUGUCUAUUUAAACUGUAGGCAGUUACUCUCUAACUUAACUCCCUUGUUAACCUAAAGUCUGGCUCCCAGGAACAGCCUUAUAGAGAAGGGAGUAUUGUAUUGGGAGGAAAAUGUUGCUGGACUAUUGACUGAGAAAGUAAAUUAGAUAAAAAUGAAAAUACAGCUUUUUUUUUUUCCUAAUGGGCAUUUGUUUUGUUUCGAAUCAUCAUAAACUAGUUAUUGCAUUGCUAUCAGUGGAUACAGAUGCUUAGCUCUUUAAAAAGAACAUUUUAAAAUUUUAUGUAAACUGUUGAGUAUUUAAAAUAGCCCACUUCACUUUAGAGGGUCUUGUCUACCUUUGAUAGUCUUCAAAGAACAACCAUUCGCUACCAAAGUAAAUCAGUAUUUUGAAUGUGCUUCUCUUGAUUUUUGUUAUUAGCUAGUUCCUGUAAGCAUUUCCACCAGAUCUUCAGGCAAAUCAUAAGGAAGCUGUUUCUUUUAAAAUAACAAACCACCACCAAAAAUUUAAAUGUACAUAAUAGUUAAAUAUUUGGCUGUUCUUAUUUUUUAAAGGAUAUAAACACCAAAAAAAAA